AUGUUCGAGCUCAAAAACCGCAACUACAUCAUCACAGGCGGAGGCCGGGGUAUCGGGUAUGCUAUCACACGCGCGAUCGCAGAAAUGGGAGGCAAUGUGGCUGUUCUUGAUAUCCUCGACUCGCCCGUCAAAGACUUCGGUACCUUGGAAGGAGAUUUCGGAGUCAAAGCCAGGUACAUUCACGCAGACGUCACCAAUGAAAAGAGCUUGAACCAGGCUUUUGACCGGUCAAUGGCCGAGCUGGGGACGCUGGAUGGCUGUGUAACAGCCGCUGGCAUCGCUCUGGACAAACCUUUUGUGGAGCAGUCAUGGAAAGAAGUCGCUAGAGUGCAAGAUGUGAAUGUUACUGGUACAUUUUUUACUGCUCAAUUGGCAACAAAACGGAUGGAGAAGCAAGGCACCGGUGGAAGCCUGGUCCUCAUCGCAUCUGUCUGUGCGCACUGCGCUAUUCCUGGACAUCGACUUUCCGCAUAUCACGCUUCCAAGGGUGCAGUAAAGAUGCUGAGCACGGCUCUAAGUGUUGAACUUGCACCCCAAGGCAUCCGAUGCAACACCAUUUCGCCUGGAUACAUCGAGUCGGAUAUGACCAAAGGCUUACGAGCACAACAUCCGUAUUUAGUCGAAUUGAUGCAUACCGCACCCCCCAUGAAACGUAUUGGCAACCGUAACGACCUGACUGGCACUGCCAUCUAUUUGUUGAGUGAUGCCGCUGCAUAUACCACCGGUGCCGACAUUGCUGUUACCGGCGGCCUUCACGCAGGCAGAAUCGAAGCUUGA